GCCACCGAAGACAAGGACAAGCGAAAGAGAAGCAGCGAGCACGAGACUGAAGCGGUAGCCUGGCGCGGGAGUGCUGGUGUGUUGGUUUAUCUGCGUGCAGAAGAGUAUUUGUCAGCUUCUUCGUUUGACUGCAGUUUGUUUGGAAAACUCGGAUUUGGUUCGAUAAUUAAUCGACAUCAUGCUGAUCGGUGCAGCGGCGCAGGGCAGCACCCUGCUGGCAGCGGUGCCGGUGCAGGCUCGACCUCUGCACACGCCUCUGGAGCUCAAGAACUUUCUGCCAUUCCGACUCAGUGGCUCCUCCGCUCUCAGCCUGUUCCCCAACUUCAAUACCAUGGAUCCUGUGCAGAAGGCUGUUAUUAACCACACCUUUGGGGUUCCUCAGAAGAAAAAACAAGUCAUCUCGUGCAAUAUCUGUCACCUGCGUUUUAACUCCACGAACCAGGCGGAGGCACAUUAUAAAGGCCAUAAGCAUGCUCGUAAGAUGAAGGCUUUGGAGGCUCAGAAGACCAAGCACCACAGACGUCAGCUGGACGGCAGCGUGAGGGAGAGAGUGAGGGGCAGAGCACGCGUGGCAGAGCCCCUCACAACCAUCCAUCCCUGCACAACAGAGAGAUCUAAGUUGCUUUGUGAUUCUGCCUCUGUGGUGAAGCUGGACGAUACUCAGCCCAGCUCCGUGGCUCUGACUCCCAUGUCCGAGGUGUCGUCUACCGAUGUGCUGGACUCUUCUUUCGUCUCCCAGCAAUCAGACACCAGCAGGGAAACGAGCAUCCAGCAGGGCAGCCCUGCAGAGGACGCGCUAGGAGAUAAGGACCCAAGGCGGACCAAGCAGCAUCUAUACUGCCCAGUCUGCAAGGUGACAGUCAACUCAGUCACCCAGCUGGAGGCCCACAACAGCGGUACCAAACACAAACUGAUAAUGGAGGGACAGAGCAUAUUGCCACGACGACGGGGAAAGGUGCUGUCCUCCCGUGCCAUGUGUAAAAGCAAGCGAUUGGCCAAUAAAGGCAGCUUGGGUGUGGCCAGCAAGAACUUCCAGUGUGAAGUAUGUGAGAUUCGCGUCAACUCUGAGACCCAACUCAACCAGCACAUGAACAGUCGCAGACACAAAGACAGACUGGCAGGAAAGACACCAAAGCCCAAAUACAGUCCACACAGCAAGAACCCGAACCCUACCUCAGGAGUACUGCAGAGUGUCAGGUGGAGUAGCUGUGCUGGAGGAGCUGUGUCCGCCAUGAAGAAAGUCUUUAACCAGUACAGUCUGUCCCCUUUGGCUUCACAGACCAAGCUGGCACUACAGAAGCAACUGACUAAAAACUUGUCAACCAGCUUCCUGCCAACCCCUAUAACUCCACCCACUCUUUGCACAGUGGCAGCCAAUCCACUCGCACUCCGGCACCCAGCUGGUGCCACAUUUAUUCAGACACCAAUCCUAGGCCCCGCCCUCUUUCGGCCUGCACCAGGACCACUUCGGGCCACACACACCCCUAUUAUCUUCUCACCUUAUUAAAGCAUGCACAUACUUACACACACACACACACACACACACGCACACACACAUACACAUGCACACACACACCCCUAUUGUCUUCUCACCUUAUUAAAGCAUGUACAUACUUACACGCACACACACACACAUACACGCACACACACCCCUAUUAUCUUCUCACCUUAUUAAAGCAUGCACAUACUUACACACACACACACACACACGCCCACACACACACACACACACACAUACACAUGCACACACACCCCUAUUGUCUUCUCACCUUAUUAAAGCAUGCACAUACUUACACACACACACACACACACACACACACACACGCACAUACACAAUACAUGAAUAAACUCUAUACAAAUAAACUUUGUUAUAGUGUGAAACAUGUACAUACAAUAAACUGACAUACAACACUCUUGAAAAUUCUAAAACUGAUACACACACACACACACACACACACACACACACACACACACACACACACACCUCCUGAACUCUCCUAUAAGACUGUGACCCUUCUGAGAAGGUGACUCGUGAACUAUGCACAGAGUGGUAGAAGUCAGAGAGGAAGAGAAUGAGAGACAAGAGAGAGGAAGACAACGACAGACAGCGGAAAUGCAGAAGGAGAGUGAGUGCACACACCCCCGGGCUUUGGGAGGAGAGUGAUUGCACACACCCCCGGGCUGUGGGAGUGCACACACCCCUGGGCUGUGGGAAUGCACACACCCCCGGGCUUUGGGAGGAGAGUGAUUGCACACACCCCCGGGCUGUGGGAGUGCACACAACCCUGGGCUGUGGGAGUGCACACCCCCCCGGGCUGUGGGAGUGCACACACCCCCGGGCUGUGGAAGGAGAGUGAUUGCACACACCCCCAGGCUGUGGGAGUGCACACA